AAAUAGUUUGCUAGACUAGAUGCGUGUGAGGACCAGCACUUUCUCAGGUCUUCGGUUCAGUCUUCCACUUUCUCUCUCUAGACUCUCUCUAAAGAGAUAAGAAAGCUAAAAAUGGCAGUUGAGCUACAGUUACUGUUUUAGAAAGAAACUCUCCUCUCUUACACACACUUUCUCUCUCAUCCAUGUUCUUCCUCUUCUUCAAAUCUGGUGUUGAUGGUGUUAAAACCAGUACAAUAGUGACUCGGGUGGCAUCAUCUUCUCCGGCGACGGAUUCUGGCCGGAGAUGGCGACUUCGGAUGCCGGAGUAGCAUUUUCUGUGACGGCAUUGGCCGGUAUCGCCUUGGCCGGCGGCCGUGUUCUACACCCAUAGGUGAAAACCUAGAAUUUUUUUUUAACUAAACACGGAUUAAACCCUAGAAAUCAGUGAAUUUUGAAGGGAAACAGUGUGUGUAUAUAUAUAGAUGAGAGCCCUCCGGCGAAGUCAUACUUCGUCUGCAUCAUCGUCCACGGAUUCCUCUUCACUGUCUACGCCGUCAUCCUCGUGGAUUCAUUUGAGAUCGGUUUUCUUUGUAGUUGCGUCCUCUUCCCCAGCUUACUGUUCUUCUUCUGAUAGGGGUAACCUCAAAUCACCAUGGUCUCGUAGGAAAAGAAAAAAUGUUCUUUCACCUCAACAGUGGAGAAGUUUGUUUACAUCAGAUGGAAAGCUCCGCGAUGGCGGAUCCAAAUUUUUGAAAAAAGUUCGCAGUGGAGGUGUUGAUCCAAGUAGCAGGGCGGAGGUUUGGCCAUUCCUCCUUGGAGUCUAUGACUUGAACAGUUCCAAAGAAGAAAGAGAUAUUUUGAGAAUUCAAAAGAGAAAGGAAUAUGAGAAACUCAGGAGACAGUGCCAGCGACUUCUGAAAAACAAAGAUAAGAGCUUUAAGUUAAAGGAAACUGGUGGAACCUUCAGGAAUGGGGACAGUGGAAUUCUUGGUCAGGGCAUGGAUACUCCUGAAUCUUUAGAUGUGGUUAGCGCCAGGGAAUCCCUUUCUGGUGAUGAAAGUAGCCCAUAUGUUGAGUACACAGAUCAUCUCGACAGCUCAUUAUCAGAAGAAGAUGCUGGAUCAAGACGAAUCACUGAUACAAAUACCUCUGCUCUUGACACUGAGUCAUCAGACACAGACUCAUCUGAAGAUCCCGAAGUGUCUCCUUUUCCCUCCGCUGAAAACAGGGAGGAAAAUGAUCCCGACGUGCCUACCAAGGAGGAUUUUUCUCCCUCCCGGAUAGAAGUUCAGUCAAAACCCUGUAAUACUGAAGAUUUUGCCACAUGGCAGCGGAUCAUCCGUCUUGACGCAGUUCGUGCCAAUGGAGAAUGGAUAGCAUACUCCCCAAAUCAGGCUGCAGUAUCAGAUAUGAGGGCACGCCAUACUGCUGAGGCUGUUGGGUUAAAGGAUUAUAAUCACCUGGAACCCUGCAGGAUCUUUCAUGCUGCUCGACUAGUUGCCAUUCUUGAAGCCUAUGCCCUUUACGACCCCGAAAUUGGUUACUGCCAGGGUAUGAGUGAUUUAUUGUCUCCAAUAAUUACUGUGAUAACGGAGGACGAUGAGGCUUUCUGGUGUUUUGUUGCUUUUAUGAGGAAGGGUCGACAUAAUUUCAGGCUGGACGAGGUAGGAAUCAGGAGGCAACUGAAUAUUGUUUCUAAAAUUAUCAAAUGCAAGGAUUCUCAUCUUUAUAGACACUUAGAGAAGCUCCAGGCAGAGGAUUGCUUUUUUGUUUACAGGAUGGUUGUGGUACUCUUCAGAAGGGAAUUAACUUUUGAGCAGACAAUUUGCCUCUGGGAGGUAAUGUGGGCAGAUCAGGCAGCAAUUAGAGCUGGGAUCGGAAAGUCUGCAUGGAGCAGGAUAAGGCAGCGAGCCCCGCCAACAGAUGAUCUUCUACUUUAUGCUGUUGCAGCUUCAGUAUUGCAAAGGAGGAAAAAAAUCAUUGAAAAAUAUAGUAGCAUGGAUGAGAUACUAAGAGAGUGCAACAGCAUGGCUGGACAUAUUGAUGUGUGGAAGCUUCUAGAUGAUGCACAUGACUUGGUGGUGACCCUCCAUGACAAGAUUAAGGCACCCACUUCUGUUGGCUGCCACUGGAAUAUAUAGUCACUGAUUUAUGCUCUCCGAAUUUUUUUUUAUUUUUUUCCCAGAUUAUUUAUUAGGGGGGGCACGGCCUUUGAAGUCUCUUUAUGCGUUGCUUGAAAUGAGCAUUACGCGAGCUAUUCCAGGUAUUGUUGAUGCUGUAUUUAGCUGCUUCUCACUUUCAUGUCUUGAUUGAGUGGCAUUCUCAAUGUCAAAAGAUGAAUUGGUUAGAAUCACCUGUACUGUGUUGGACGUCCUUUUUCCUAUACAAGAUAUGAUUUCCUUGAACGCGCUGUCAUGAUGAGUGAGGAAGAUCUUCUUUCCUGCUGAAGGUGUGUACCAUGCUGGAUCAAAAAGGUAUAGAGUUUGGUGAUAGAUUCUGCGAUUUACUUUUGUCGCUCUUCUUUCUGGAUGUCUAAAAAAAUAGAAAUAUUCAUACUUGAUCCGGGAAGAAAUUAGCACAAGCAAAAGAACAUAUGUCUGUCGGGUUUUAGCAGGUAUUCUUAUGGUGCCUCUACUCCAUGUUGAAAGGUUUAUCUAUGCUCUCUCUUAAAUGUUCAAGGACCUCCAAGUUGGGAGUGAAAUCCUUUUGUUGUUGUAGUAAGUUACAGAUUAAAACUUCUUGGAAUUUUCAGAAUAAUCUGUGUAAAGCUAAAGCACCCAUUAUGCCUUUAUGCAGCAAUAUGUUACAUUUAAUAUACAUUCAAUAUACAAUGUCAAUUUGAGCCUCUUCUA